GUCCAUGAACCAUCGGGAAGACAGCCACUCCUCUACCGCGAAACAACGCGAAAAUCUUAUUAACCACGUGAAUAUGUAAGCGAACAAGUUCUUUCCACGCUUUUCAGUUAUCCACAUCCACGAGGAAUGGGUUUAUUUUUCAUCAUACGAUGCAGUUUGGGUAUUUCCGCCGGGUGGUGCAUUUCACGGAUUUCCCGCAGAAUUAAUUUUCUGUAAUAUCUUGGUGAAUUUAUUUGAAAGACUUCACAAGACGAAACGGGAAUUGCACAGGAAGGUGUUCAAGGCUUCCCAGAAACUUAAGGGCUGUUGAGAAGUUGACAGGCCACAGUUUUGAGAAUCACUCCUUCAGUGUGUCAUACAUACUGGACGAGGAGGCAGGAAGGGACGGGGGUGUAAGACCCCAGGUCCCACGAGGGGCAUCUAAAAUGGGGACAGGAAGUCGGGAGCAGGAGUUUGGUCAGCCAGGGGCCAUGGGAGGCCCCCAGUGGCCCAGGCAUCGUCAGCAAGAGGUGCCUCUACGAAUCCUAGUGCCCACUCAGUUUGUGGGAGCCAUCAUUGGGAAAGAGGGACUCACUAUAAAGAACAUCACAAAGCAGACCCAGUCAAAGGUAGAUAUCCAUCGUAAGGAGAAUGCAGGAGCAACUGAGAAGGCCAUCACUAUCCACUCAUCUAAAGAGGGCUGUUCACAAGCCUGCAGGAUGAUCCUGGAAAUAAUGGAAAAAGAGGCCAAUGACACCAAGAUUGUUGAAGAGGUUCCUCUGAAGAUCUUGGCCCACAAUAGCCUUGUUGGGAGACUCAUAGGGAAGGAGGGCAGGAACCUGAAGAAGAUAGAGCAAGAUACUGGGACCAAGAUCACUAUUUCUUCCUUACAAGACCUAACUAUAUAUAACCAGGAACGUACCAUCACGGUGAGGGGAGUGGUGGAGGAGUGCUGUAAUGCAGAAGUGGAGAUCAUGAAGAAACUUAGAGAAGCCCAUGAGAAUGAUGUGGCUUCACUUAAUCAGCAGACUAACAUGAUGCCAGGUCUAAAUCUGAGCGCGUUGGGGAUCUUCUCCUCUGGCUUGUCUGUUCUGCCUCCAGCCUCUGGUCUGCAUGGAUCUCUGUCUGCCCCAGCCAACUACAGCCCACUGCUGGGCCCCCCAUCAGUAUUGGGUGGUCUGUAUGGGGUUCCCUCCUCUGGAGCAUUAUCUCUUCAGCAAGCAACUGCUGAACAGGAAGUGGUGUACCUCUUCAUCCCCACUCCAGCAGUAGGAGCUCUCAUCGGGAAAAAAGGGCAACACAUUAAAGAGCUGGCACACUACGCUGGAGCCUCAAUAAAAAUUGCUGCAGCAGACAAUCCUGAUGAUCCUGAGAGAAUGGUAAUUAUCACUGGACCACCCGAGGCUCAGUUCAAGGCACAGGGGAGGAUAUAUGGGAAGUUGAAAGAGGAGAAUUUUUUCACUGCUAAGGAAGAAGUGAAGUUGGGGGCACAUAUAAAAGUGCCUUCGACCGCCGCCGGACGAGUCAUCGGGAAGGGUGGCAAAACGGUCAAUGAGCUGCAGAAUCUCACCAGCGCUGAGGUCAUUGUACCACGGGACCAGACACCAGAUGAGAAUGAUGAAGUGUUUGUUAAGAUAAUUGGACAUUUCUUUGCCAGUCAGACUGCCCAGCGCAAGAUAAGGGAGAUCGUUCAACAGGUGAAACAGCAAGAGCGGAAACACCAGCAAACGGUGCCAACACCUUCACAACCAUCAAAAUGAUCAGCGGACACCAGCAAGCAGCAGCUAAUGAAUGUAGCUCAUGCGAGGACAAAACGAAAUUCAAGAAAUAGACAAAGGGAGAGUGAGACAGAGCGGGAAACAGAGAGAGACAGAAGCUGAUGAAGAGGACCAGCAGUUUAAAACAACCGAAGUACUUAAAGCACAAAAACGUUUGGUCAUGCGGAUAUGAAUGAGGAUGAUCGAGAGCGUUAUCAGGUCAGAGAUCUUUUUAUGACCAUGGACCUGAUAUUUCAUAUUGAGCUCUUUUUGUUACUGAUUAAGCUGAUGUGAGGAUUUGUGCGCCGUGAAGUAGACUGCUGGAUGAGGUGAAUGCACACUGCAGGUAGAUUUUAUAGGACUUGCAGGUCUAGUUGUGCAUCAGAUCUACUAAUUUAUUAGGAGAUAUAAUAAAUUGCACAGCAAUAUGUUAAUAAGAUUCUAAAAACAAUUCUAUAGGUUUAUUCAACAGAAUUUUCUUUGGAAACUCAUUUCAGGCUAUUUAAUGUGAGUAAUCAGAUUUGUUUGACUUUUCUAGUAACUAAUUAGUACAGCACGGUAACUAAAAGCAUUAAGUGAUGUUACAAAGGAACGUACAUGUAAAAGGGUGCCUGCUGUGUGCCAGCAUUUCACUUCCAGUUCCUCGUUUGCAUUGCUGAGUCUGAGCAUUUCUCCUCUGCUUGCUGCCCUGUUCUCUUUUCUCUUUUUUUAAAUUAUAUUGCUUUCUCUUAAAUGUUUCCAUGUUCCCGACUUAUUUGUCACACAAAAUAAGAGCUGUCUGUGUGCCAACUGUAAAAAAAA